CACAAACGUCAUCCGAUCUAACUUGUCAUUUCUUCUUGUUUUCAAGGAAAUUAUUGAAUAUCGACACGAAGAAACAAGGUAUUUCAGUAAUAUAACGAAUCAGAUCUAAUCAUGGCCAACAUACCAUUAAUGUAUGCUCAAGAAGAUUGUGAACUUGGUGGAAAGGAAUCGAUAGAGGAUGAUUUCGCAUAUCGCAACAAUGUGAUGAAUGCUGAUAAAGAGAUCCGUUUGGGUUUUGUGCGCAAAGUGUAUGGUCUUCUCACAGUUCAGUUGCUGGCUACGGUGGCUAUUGCAGCAGUUUUCCUGCUUGUCAAACCAGUACAACUGUUCAUACACCAAAAUGACUGGAUGGUAUUCAUUGCCUUCAUAUUGAGUAUUGUGACGUUGUUCGCUCUAAUCGCGAAGCGCCGGGAUUCCCCGGCAAACUUUUACCUUCUCGCUGCAUUCACUGCUGUGCAAGCGUACACUGUGGGUGUGGUGGUGUCCUUCUAUGAUACAUUCAUAGUGCUGCAGGCGCUUGCUAUCACCUUCGCUGUCGUGUUGUCGCUCACCCUGUAUACACUCAACACUAAACGUGACUUCUCUUUCAUUGGAUAUGGACUGGUGGCUGGACUCAGUGUGCUGAUUGUGGGCGGGCUAAUCCAAAUCUUCCUGCAAAGCUCCGCGUUCGAGGUCGCUCUCUCUUUCGCUGGAGCAAUCUUCUUCAGUCUCUUCCUCAUCUUCGACACUCAGCAGAUGAUGACCACAUUGUCUCCGGAAGAAUACAUCCUCGCUACAAUCAAUCUGUAUAUGGAUAUUAUCAACCUGUUCCUAUACAUUCUUCGUAUCUUAAACGAAAUGAAUAGAAACUAAAAUACACUUCUUCGAGUCCUUUUGAAGUUUGCUUGGAGAAUUUUAAGUUUAUCAAUGUUAAAUUAUAUUAGGAUUUUGUAACAUUUUUCGUUUUUUUAUAAGUGCGAUUGAAUUUAAAUUAUAUUUUUAUUGUUUUCAACAUUCCCUGUAUUUAUGAAAUUUUGUAAAUUUUUCAGUCACUUAAUCUCGUCUUUUAAUAUUUUAUGGAAUAUAUUGUACAUAUUUUUUCCUGUAUUCUCAAUGUAUAAUUUCUUUAACAUUAAGCAUAUGUGAUUUUUUCUUAUGCACUUAGAGCACAGUAUUAUUUUACUUUCUACUUUUCAAGUUCUCCGGUUUAAUCUUUUUUAAUUUAUCACUUGUUUUUAAAUCCUUUAACAGCCAUAAAUAUAUUUGACAAUGGCAAUUGU